CCGUCCCGUCCGGCCAUGCCGCCCCCCCCCCUCGCCCUGCUGCUCCUUUUCGCCGCCGCCGCCGCCCCCCCGGCGCCCCCCGGCACCGCGAUCCGACCCGAGGCCGUGGGGAUGGGCGGCCCCGGCGGCUCCGCUGCGACCACCCCGAGGGGCACAGCCCCCACAACGGCCACGGCCACCCCCAAGGGAACGGCCACCACCCCCACGAGCAGAACGGAGCAGGGGGGGGCCGGCAACGCAGCCCCCACCCGAGGGGGGGCCGGGCCCAAAGCCCCCGCAGCCAGGAAGAAGCUCGUGAGGGUCAAAGUGGUGCGGAAGAAAGUGGUGAAGAAAAGACCCAAAGCUCCGGCCAAGAGCCCCCCUGCCCCCCAGGAGCAGCCGUGUCCCCCCCUGGGGCUGGAGUCCCUGCGGGUCCAGGACUCGCAGCUCCGCUCAUCCAGCGACAAACGAUACGGGCUGGGAGCGCACAGAGGGCGGCUCAACAUCCAGUCCGGUCUGUACGACGGCGAUUUCUUCGACGGCGGCUGGUGCGCGGGGCGGGAGGACGCGGCGCAGUGGCUGGAGCUGGACGCGCGGCGCCUCAUCAACUUCACCGGGGUCAUCACGCAGGGGCUCAACUCCAUCUGGACGUACGACUGGGUGACCUCCUACAAGGUGCAGUUCAGCAACGACACCCACGCGUGGCAGCCGUGCCGCAACGGCAGCGAGGAGGCGGUGUUCCCAGCCAACAAGGACCCCGAGACGCCGGUGCUGAACGUGCUGCCGUGCCCGGCCGUGGCCCGUUACAUCCGCAUCAACCCGCAGAGCUGGUUUGAGAACGGCACCAUCUGCCUGCGGGCCGAAGUGCUGGGCUGUGCCGUGCCAGACCCCAACAACAUCUACCAGUGGCCCAACGAGCCCGUGCCCACCGACAAGCUGGAUUUCCGGCACCACAACUACAAGGAGAUGAGGAAGCUGAUGAAGGUGGUGAACGAGGAGUGUCCCACCAUCACCCGCAUCUACAACAUCGGCAAGAGCUCACGGGGGCUGAAGAUCUACGCCAUGGAGAUCUCUGACAACCCGGGGCAGCACGAAGUGGGAGAGCCCGAGUUCCGCUACGUGGCGGGGCUGCACGGCAACGAGGCGCUGGGCCGGGAGCUGCUGCUCAACCUGAUGGAGUAUCUGUGCCGCGAGUUCCAGCGCGGCAAUCCCCGCGUGGUGCGGCUGGUCACCGACACGCGCAUCCACCUCCUGCCCUCCAUGAACCCCGAUGGCUACGAGACCGCAUACCGCCUGGGGUCGGAGCUGUCGGGCUGGGCCAUGGGCCGCUGGACCUACGAGGGCAUCGACCUCAACCACAACUUCGCCGACCUGAACACGGCGCUGUGGGACGCUGAGGACAACGACCUGGUGCCCCACGAGUUCCCCAACCACUACAUCCCCAUCCCUGAGUACUACACCUUCGCCAACGCCACGGUGGCCCCCGAGACGCGGGCGGUGAUCGACUGGAUGCAGCGCUACCCCUUCGUGCUGAGCGCCAACCUGCACGGCGGGGAGCUGGUGGUCACGUACCCCUUCGACAUGACCCGCACCUACUGGAAGGCGCAGGAACUGACCCCCACGGCGGACGACGGCGUGUUCCGCUGGUUGGCCACCGUCUACGCCACCUCCAACCUGGCCAUGGCCAGCGAGGAGCGUCGGCUCUGCCACUACGACGACUUCAUGCGCUCCGGCAACAUCAUCAACGGCGCCAACUGGCACACGGUGCCCGGCAGUAUGAAUGACUUCAGCUACCUGCACACCAACUGCUUCGAGAUCACGGUGGAGCUCUCGUGUGACAAGUUCCCCCACGUCUCCGAGCUGCCAACAGAGUGGGAGAACAACCGCGAGUCGCUGCUGCUCUACAUGGAGCAGGUGCAUCGUGGCAUUAAGGGGGUGGUUCGGGAUGAAGAGACGGGGGAGGGCAUCGCCAACGCCAUCAUCGCUGUGGAUGGCAUCAACCACGACGUGCGGACAGGUACAGCGGGACGGGGACGGGCAGGGGGCGGGGACGGGGUGGGGAUGGGAUGA